UAGGGCUCCCAGUUGUUGCCAAUAUUUUGUGAAAAGCGAUCCUAGCAAUGGACUUUAAAUCUGCAUUGAAUCAUUGUGAGAUUUUGAAUGGAAUUAAGUACUCAAUUCCUCAUAAUGAGCAAGACUAUCAACAGUGUGCCGACUUUUACUUCACACAUUUCUUACCACGUGAGCCCAUGGUAUUAGCCCUCGGUGGCCAAGGCCAUUCUCAAGAUUCUCGAGUUCGAGCGCAUUUCUUGGGUAUAGUGCGCAAAAAUGCAAGCAUUAUGGCAACGGAUUUAGCAACAGGUCAAUUAUUGGGGACUAGGAUCGCUGAAAUCAAAGAAAGGGAAAGAGAGGUUCAAGCAGAACCUUCCUUCAAGAUGUUUCAAGCGAUGUAUCCAGAACCUAUUGCUACUAUAUUUUAUACGUUUGCCAAAUAUCUGAAAGAUUGGGACUCCUUUGACGAAUUCAAAGACUUGGACAGAAUCUACGCUAUGUUUGCACUCGCAACUCAUCUAGAUUGGGGAGGAAAAGGCAUUGCUAAAGAACUGCUAGCUCAAUCCAUUAAGGUUGCCAAGAACUUGGGUUGCCGAGGGGCCCAAGUUGUGGCCACAAAUGAUGCAACUAUUCACAUCUUUCAAAAGCUGGGGAUGACGCUUUUGCAACAAGUGCCGUGGGAUGAAAUACAAGUCAAUGGCAAGAAACCAUUAAUCAAAGUCAACUCUGAGGCGUUGUGCAACUUUUUCUUGAAAUUUGCCUAGAGGAAGUGUCUUUCGUAAGUCUUCUCCAAUGACUGAUGCUGAAUAAACUAAGUGCAACUUCACUACCA